AUGAUCACUAACACUAUUGACCUUACACUCGACGACGAUAACGACAACAUUCCAAACACCUCUCAAACUCCGAUCACUCAACAAUUCUCAGAAGACUAUCUUGACAUAAAUUAUGCACACUUCGCCGAUAAUCCUACUUAUAGCCUUGACACUCCAAAUCUCCAUAUCUCUCCCGACAAUCUCUUAAGUGACAAGCAUAAAAACAUACUUGUUCCUAUUUCAUGUGAACUCUCAGAUAAGAACGACCUUUUUAAUACUGCAAUCUCAAUGUGUUCUCAAGUAGACCCAUAUUUAGAAAAACCCAAGACACUCUAUGACGUCGAUUUAGUUGUCUCAGAUAACAAACAAAAUAUAUUUUUCGGUUGUACAAGGCCAACACACUUCGACUCAUGGGAUUCUGAAAGUUAUUUUAAAACCCUUCUAAGUUGUUUACAACAUCACAACUUCAAAUCACUUUUCGUCCCAGAUCUCAAAAAUGACCCGACAUGUAAGUUACAAGGCAAUGAACAAUUACACAUCACUGCACACUUAGCUGACUCCUAUGACUGUGAAAUUACAAUUUGCGAAAAUAAAAUCAAACAUCCAACUCCAGAGCAAAUUCCUGAAAUCUUAAAAACUUUUCACGACGACCCUUUAUCGGGACAUAGAGGAAUAGUAGAAACUACACGUAAAAUCAGAUCUGAAUAUUAUUGGAAUGGUAUGACUGACACCAUUAAAGACUAUGUUAAUAAAUGUAUGAUAUGUCAACGCAGUAAGAUACAAAGAAAGACAUACAAAGCUCCCAUGGUUAUAACAACCUCUUCUACAGAACCAUUCGAACGAGUUACUAUCGACUUAGUUUCUUACUCUGAUAUUACAGGUGACUCUAAUAAAUACAUACUGACGCUACAAGACGAUUUAACUAGAUUUGUUCAAGCUUAUCCCAUUCCCGACAAACAAGCAACUACUAUCGCUAAAUCUCUUCUAACUUUCUGUCAACACUACGGCAUCCCAAAACGCUUCCAUUCAGAUCAAGGUGGCGAAUUCGUUAAUAAUAUAUUGAAACAGCUAAUGAAAUUACUAGGCUCACAACACACGUUCAGCACAGCAUAUCACCCACAAACAAACGGUGCAUUAGAAAGAUUUCAUGCAGUACUCAGAGAUCACAUACGUAUGUACUCAACAAAAAAGUCACACAAUUGGGAUCAAAUUGUACCACUCGCAAUAAUGUGCCAUAAUACCUCACUUAAUCAGUCCACAGGCUUCACACCUCAUGAACUCUUAUUCGGUUACAAACCUCGUUUGCUUUAUACACUUAAGGACUCACGCGAAUACACAACAAACGACUACCUUAAUGACCUUAACGAACGUCUUAAGAUUUCUCGUGACAUAGCUCAAAGAAAUCUUAACAAUAUGAAAGAUAGAGCUAAAACACGCUAUGACAAUAAUAUCGUAAACAUAGCUGAUUUUCAAUUAGGCGAUAAAGUCAUGCUCCGCGUCCCAAAUCCUAAUAAUCUAGACAUUAAAUGGGAAGGGCCUUAUGUAAUUGCAAGAAAAGGAUUUAAUGAAAAUUAUAUUAUAAGAAAAUCAGGUAGAAACCAAUUAGUUCACGGCAAUCGCUUAAGACCUUUACAAGAUUGCAAUAAUCAAUUUGAUACC